GUUGUUGUUGUCAAUAUUUAAGGCAUCAUUGUGGGUCAAGGGUCAGUUGACUGGCCUAACCCUGGAAAUAUAACAUAUGUUGGUAAAAUGCGCCCCAAGACUUCCUUGAGGAACUUCAGCUGUAUCAGCAAAGUUUAAGCAUUGUAUAAGGAUCAAGCAGAGAUUCAAUCUCAUUAAGUUAAUUGGCAAAAUGCUCCGGUUUUGUCCGCUCACCAUACCGUUGCCCAGACGCUUACAAACAGCUGCAGUUUGUUGUGGUGCCCUUUUUAUUUUUUUGGGGCAUACCAUCGGAUGCCUACUGUUUCUAGCUAUUUUCUUGUCAAGGUUUUGGCUGAUUGCUGUCUUAUAUGCUGUUUGGAUGAUUUAUGACCGACGGGUUUCGUCCCAAGGAGGUAGACGAUUGCAAUGGUUCAGAAAGCUGUCAAUAUGGCGUUACCUAAGAGAUUACUUCCCUGUCACUCUCGUGAAGACUGCUGAUCUCGAUCCAAGAAGGAACUAUAUUUUGGGAUAUCAUCCACAUGGUGUUAUUGGAGCUGGUGCCUUUGUAAAUUUCGGGACUGAAGGAAAUAAAUUCUCUGAAGUUUUUCCUGGAAUCACUCCUUACCUUCUAACAUUAAAAUUGUUAUUCAAGUUUCCGUUCUUCAGAGACAUUUUACUUGCACAUGGUAUUUGUGAUGUUUCUAAAGAGAGCAUAACACAUUUGUGUACUGGGAAAGAAGGUGGAAAUGCUGUGAUAAUAGUUGUAGGUGGAGCUGCAGAAUCUCUAGAUGCACAUCCUGGAGAGGCCACGUUAACUCUUAAAGAUCGAAAAGGCUUUGUAAAGAUGGCUUUACUUACAGGCACUGCCCUGGUACCCGUUUUUUCAUUUGGUGAAAACGACCUUUACUGCCAAGUUGAUAAUCCUCAAGGCUCGUGGCUUCGGCGGUUUCAAACAAAGUUUAUGAAGAUUGUAUCCUUUGCACCAGUGCUUUUUCAUGGCCGAGGAAUAUUUCAGUAUAAUUUUGGAUUUUUACCGUACAGACAUCCAGUAACUACAGUUGUUGGUGCCCCUAUUCCUGUUUAUAAGAGAACAAAUCCGACGAUGGAGGACAUAGAUAGAAUCCACCAGAAAUAUAUUCAAAGAUUACAAAUCUUGUUCGAUAAAUACAAACCAAAAUAUGCUGCAGAUCACCCUAAUUCUAAGUUAAUGAUUCAUUGAUGAACUUUUGUUAGUUUUUGCUCAAAGGUGAAUUCGAGGUCGUGUCUGAUUACGACAUGUUGUUAUUGUUACUUUACUAAAACAGACGUAUUUCUGAGUGAAGAUUUGAAUACUCUACAAUGGUUUGCGUGAAUGGAAUAAGGCAUUUAGUUUUUUUAUGCACGAACUGACGUGAUUGAAUACACAAAUUAUAUAACCGAUUUUAGAUAGAAAUUAUACAACUUGGUAUCGUUGUCAUUGUCAAGAAGGGCACUUGGUAUCAAGUUUAGUGUGUUUUUUAUAAUUAAAUAUUUGCAAGGUUUCUGUCAUUUGACUGGACUGGAGAUUAUUCCAGGACCAGUCGGUAAACUUGGAUACGUUUACUAAUGUGGCUAAUAUACGGAUUAACUCUCGCAAUAUUUACUACGUUGUGUUAGCAUUAUUUUACCUUUGUUUCGUCAAAGACAUUCUGGAAACACUACAAUAGGCCCUAGAAAAAUAUGCCUUUUUACUGUUGUAUCGUUGCAGCAGCGAUUACUUGGGGAGGGGUUGUUUUGUCACAACAGCAUUUUUCUAUAGCCUGAUAACCAGCCCAUUAUAUAUGUGAAAAUUGGAUGGUUAUCAAGCUGAUUCCCCUGGGACAGUUACGUCGUCGUCCAACGAAAGAAAUAAUUUUCAAGUAAAAUGGUUAACAAUUAUUACGUUAGAUCCUUACAAAAUAUGUCUAAUACGGAAGCCCUGAACAAUCUAUAAAAAUGUUGGAAAAUCUAUCCCGCUGUGCUUGCCCUGUCCCUCUGUCUCAAAACCUCUUUACUCCUAUACUUUAGAUUUAGCGUAAAACUGGCAAAGUACCUUCGAAAUUUUUCAAUAGAAUAUAAUAAUAUAAGUACUGAAUGUAAUUCAUAGAAUUAAAUAUCAAAUUAUUCAAUGUAUUUUGUAACUAAGCGUAUAUUUUGUAAUUAAUUUGCAUUUGAAAUGAGAUAUCGAUACGUAUGUUGAGCAUUUUGAAAUUUUAUAUGGAAUUUGUAAAA